AUGAAAUCCCACCUCCCUCUCUUCCUCGCGCUUGCAUAUAGCUUGGUCGUUCGUGCGUCGCAGCACGUUCUUGCUCCCGACGUGUGCACCUUUGUUUCGACAAAUCUCUAUGAUUUACUUGAGAUCCCGACCGGUACCAUCAACGGUGUACCAGGGGAUCUGGACGUCUGUCUUUGCCAAAGUUCCGUAGACGGGUCGCGAGGUUUUGUUGCGACGAAUCAAAUUGCCCAGCUCGCCAGUAAUGACUUUGAGCUCGGCGUUGGCGAGGACAAGGUCAUCCAGGCCCUGAUGUACUACAUUGCUUCGAAGGGCGCGACAUGCAUAUAUCCCGACAAUGCUCUGCCUAUUUGCUCAGAGGACGCACUUUGUGACUUCACUUGUACACAUGGCUUCACCCGUGUCGGCGACGAUGCGCUUGUCCUGCUCCAUUCAACAUCUGCGCGGCGUGCAAUGCUCGAAGAGGCUGCCCGUAGACGCGCAACACCCACCAUUCCUCGUCGAAAACGUACCAAGUCCAAGAAAGCGAAACGUGCGCCGGAGCCGCAGGCUAGCAAACGCUCUCCCCAGAGUAAGCGUGCGCCCGAGCCACAAGCCAGCAAAAGGUCUCCGCAAAGCAAGCGUGCCCCGGAACCGCAGGUCAGCAAACGAGCACCGUCUCCUCAAAGUAAACGCGCCCCUUCACCUCAGAGCAAGCGUGCCCCGUCGCCGCAAAGCAAGCGUGCCCCCUCACCUCAGAGCAAGCGUGCACCCGUUCCUCAGGCUAGCAAGCGGGCUCCAUCCCCUCAGAGCAAGCGUGCCCCUUCACCUCAAAGCAAACGCGCCCCAUCUCCCCAGAGCAAACGCGCACCUGUCCCCCAGCGGAGCAAGCGUGAACCGGCUCCUCGGCCCAACGAACGUGUUGCUGAGCCUGCGAAGCGUACUGCCUCUCCUCAAGUCUCAAAGCGGGCUCCCGUUCCUCAAGUAAGCAAGCGUGCACCGGUUCCCCAGGCUAGCAAGCGAACACCAUCUCCUCAGAGCAAACGUGCUCCUUCCCCUCAAAGCAAGCGUGCGCCGGUCCCUCAGGCCAGCAAACGAGCACCGUCUCCUCAGAGCAAGCGUGCUCCCUCGCCUCAAAGCAAGCGUGUGCCGUCGCCUCAGAGUAAGCGUGCACCGGUCCCUCAGGUCAGCAAACGAUUUGCAGAAGUGGCUGGACGCGACGAGGACGAGACGACAUAUGAAUACGAGGAGCCCGAGCAUACUGAAGAUGACUUCACAGAGGAAGGAGAUGAUGACGAAGAAGAGGAAUCGGAGGAUGAAGACAAGACGGACUUUGCCUCGCUCCGCGAGCGUGAUUACGUCCUAUCGCUCCAGGAGGACCGCUGCCGCGUCGGACAGAUGCUCUGUGGUGGGUGGAAGAAGGGUGUCGAUGAGUGGGAGUGCGUUGAUACACGCUCGACAUUGGAUUCAUGCGGUGGCUGCAUCUAUCCCUACUUCUUCGACGAGAAGCCUCCGACGGGUGCGGACUGCAGUUCGCUCCCUGGAGCCGUGGACGUCGAGUGCCGCAACUCGCGGUGCAUCGUCCACAGCUGCCAGCCAGGAUACGUCCUCUCGCCAGCCUACGACGAGUGCAUUCCGACAAACUAG